AUGCCAGCAGAUACAUCAAAGCCUGCUGCUAUUGGGGCGGUAAGAGAAUUAUUGAUUGAAGGGCCAAUUCUAGCUCGGGGGUACCUCAAUAACCCGGGGAAGACUCCAUCUUUGUUCAUCGAAGAUCUUCCUUGGAUGAAGGACUUUCGCCCUGCUGACGGCACAUUCCGAUUCAUCAGGCAAAAAGAUACCCAGGCGAAGCUGCAAGGCCAACGUCUUGAUCUCGGUGAGGUCGAGUUUAGGACUCGCCAGUGUUUGUCAGAGGUCCACAAUGUAGUGGCCAAAGUCAUCGUACCUUCUGGCUCCAAUGCAAACUCUCUACUUGUAGCUUUCGUCCACCUCACCAUGACCAGCGACGAUAGCAACAACAUGUUCUUAAGUCCCGCCGAGGAGCUUCUUGCCAUCUUUUCCGACGCGCAAACAAAGCUCAAAGGCAUGGUUCCAGGGUACAUAGUGCCUAGGCUCUUCCGCAUCGUCUUCAUUCCCUAUUAA